GCUGCCUCCUCUUCUAGCUCUUCUACCGAACAAGCCUCUGAUGCCUGGAGAGCCACCGCCACCGCAUCGGCUGCCACCGCGUUCGCCAUUGGAUCCGUCGCCUGGUACUGGCAUCUCUACGGCAAAGAGUUGAAUGCGGCCACGAUGGCCGAAGAAGGUCUUCAUGCCACACACUAUCCUUGGGAACACGCCAAAUGGCACAAGACAUUUGAUCAUCAAGCGCUACGACGAGGAUUUCAAGUCUACCGCGAGGUUUGCGCAUCCUGCCAUUCACUUGCUCGAGUUCCAUACAGAACUCUUGUCGGAACCAUCAUGACCGUCGACGAAGCCAAAGCACUAGCUGAAGAGAACGAAUAUGAUACCGAACCAAACGAUGAGGGAGAAAUUGAAAAGCGACCCGGAAAAUUAUCUGACUACCUCCCAAGCCCAUAUAAGAAUGACGAAGCCGCUCGCGCUGCCAAUCAAGGUGCUCUGCCUCCAGAUUUAAGCUUGAUGGUCAAGGCGCGUCAUGGAGGCUGCGAUUACAUCUUCAGCCUAUUGACUGGGUACCCAGAGGAGCCACCACCAGGUGCUCAAGUCGCCGAUGGCCUGAACUUCAACCCUUAUUUUCCCGGAACUGGCAUUGCCAUGGCACGAGUCCUCUACGAUGGUCUCGUUGAAUACGAAGACGGAACCCCAGCUACCACGUCUCAGAUGGCCAAAGACGUCGUCGAAUUUUUGAACUGGUCUGCCGAACCCGAGAUGGAUGAACGGAAGAAAAUGGGUUGGAAGGUGCUCGCAGUGACUAGCGUACUUUUCGCAGUCAGCAUAUGGGUCAAGAGGUAUAAGUGGGCUCCAAUCAAGACACGGAAGCUGGUAUACAACCCUCCUUACCAGCAGCGCAAGCCAGGACAGUGA